CAGAACUGGCCAUACUGAAUAUGAACGUUUUGCGACUGUUCGUCUGUGGUAGCCGUGUGAUGGAUUUGCGACAGACUUCAGAGUCGAACGGCACAGAUUUAAACUAAACGCUGCAGCUUCAUAGGCUCACUUUAAAAGUGUCUUGGUUGCCUGCUGUGGCUCUCCUGUGACUCUAAUCUAUAAUGGCGUCAUCUGCUGUUACUAACACGACAGCGGGAGCCUUUUUAAAAACUCCCGCUCGGGUUUAAGAAGACACGCAGCGUCAGUUUUACGACAGAGAGGCGCAGACACGGAUAUUAUUCGGGAGGAGAAUAUUACAAUGAAACACACCAGGGCGAUUUAUAAGAUUAUUAACGGCAGAACCUGAAAAAAAGCACACACACAUUUGUUUGUUUGUAUGUGUCCAAUUAAGCGCCACUUUAGCUGUCGGGUGGCUGCUGCUGCACCGUGGACAGCAGUACCAGCAACAACCAGGCCUGAUAGGCUGAGCCCAUCAGCCAUGGAGAGGUGCCGCAGUCCCAACGGCACUGUGGGGACGUUAACGUGGUAAUAAAAGGAGAUUCACUGAUCCCAGUAAAGGGUCACAGGCCUCCCGUGUUGUAUUGAAGCCCAGCAGGAGGAAGUGUGUUUCGGGUUCUUGUGGUGUCUCUGCAGUGUAAGUUACAGUCAUGGUGAACCAGGUUCAGCGAGGGGAUGGCACCUGCCAGUGCAAGAGCGACUCCAGCGGGGCCAGCAACAGUGGCGGGGACAGCUCCAAGGAGAGCUCCCGGUGCUCCACGCCGGUGCUGGAUGCGUACCGGUCGGACAGAUUGCGGGACAAGAUGCGCAGAAGGAUGGAGUCCGGAGACCGCUGGUUCUCGUUGGAGUUCUUCCCUCCACGCACAGCCAGUGGGGCUGUUAACCUCAUAUCACGGUUUGACCGUAUGGGCUCUGGUGGGCCCCUGUUCAUCGACAUUACCUGGCACCCAGCAGGCGACCCGGGUUCAGACAAGGAAACUUCAUCCAUGAUGAUUGCUAGCACAGCUGUCAACUAUUGUGGCCUGGAGAGCAUCCUCCACCUAACCUGCUGCAAUCAAAGCAAAGAGAAAAUCACUGGCUACUUGGCAAAAGCAAAGCACCUGGGCCUGAAGAAUAUCAUGGCACUAAGAGGAGACCCAAUAGGAGAAGAUUGGGAGGAAGAGGAGGAUGGUUUCAACUAUGCCAUCGACCUUGUCAAACAUAUCCGCUCAGAGUUUGAUGACUACUUUGACAUCUGCGUCGCUGGCUACCCCACAGGCCACCCUGAAGCAGAGAGCUAUGAAGCUGAUCUCAGGCACCUGAAGGAGAAAGUGGAUGCUGGAGCAGACUUUGUCAUCACCCAGCUGUUCUUCAGGCCCGACACUUUCCUCAAGUUCCUGGAUGAUUGCAGAGCCAUUGGCAUCACAUGUCCCAUCUUACCAGGAAUCUUCCCCAUUCAGGGUUACCAGUCUCUGCGUCAGCUUGUCAAGCUCUCCAAGCUUGAGGUCCCAGAGGAGAUCACCCAAGUCAUCGAGCCUAUCAAAGACAACGAUGCUGCUAUCCGUAAUUAUGGGAUACAGCAAGCAGUGGAGAUGUGCCGUGUGCUGCUGGAUAGUGGCAAGGUGCCAGGUGUCCACUUUUACACACUGAACCGUGAAGUUGCGACCAUGGAGGUGCUUCGACAGCUGGGCCUGUGGAUAGAAGACCCCAGGCGGCCUCUGCCCUGGGCAGUGAGCGCCCAUCCCAAACGGAAGGUAGAAGAUGUUCGACCCAUCUUCUGGGCUUCCAGGCCCAAGAGCUACAUCUACAGAACCCAGGACUGGGACGACUUCCCCAAUGGCAGAUGGGGAAAUUCCUCGUCUCCAGCUUUUGGGGAGUUGAAUGAUUAUUACCUGUUCUACCUGAAGAGCAAAUCAUCUAAAGAUGCACUGCUGAAAAUGUGGGGUGAAGAGCUACAAAAUGAGGAGAGCGUCUUCGAAGUCUUUACCUGCUACAUUACAGCUCAGCCAAAUCGCUGCGGACACAAGGUGAUGUGUUUGCCUUGGAAUGACGAGCCUCUGGCCCCAGAGACCAACCUUCUGAAGGAUGAACUGGAGAAAGUGAACAGGCGAGGAGUCCUCACCAUCAAUUCUCAGCCCAACAUCAAUGGCAAACCCUCCACAGACCCCAUUGUGGGCUGGGGACCUCCAGGGGGCUAUGUCUUCCAGAAGGCCUAUCUGGAGUUUUUCACCUCCAGUGAAAAUGUGACCGCUCUUCUUAAAGUACUGAAGAAGUACGAGCCCCGUGUGAAUUAUCACAUUGUUAAUGUGAAUGGCCGUAACCUGACCAACGCCCCUGAAAUGCAACCAAAUGCUGUGACUUGGGGGAUCUUCGCCGGAAGGGAGAUUGUUCAGCCGACUGUAGUGGACCCAGUUAGUUUCAUGUACUGGAAGGAUGAGGCGUUUGCCUUGUGGAUUGAGCAGUGGGGCAAACUCUAUGAAGACGAGUCUCCUUCUCGGAUGAUAAUUAAAUAUAUCCAUGACAAUUACUUCCUCGUCAAUUUGGUGGACAAUGACUUCCCUCUGGAGAACUGCCUGUGGCAAGUCAUCGAUGACAUGUUUGAGCUGCUCGACGCUCCUCCAGAGCUUCACAGUGAAGAAACUGUCUGAAUAAAGUCUUUUUUUUUUUUUUUUUUAAAAAAAAAAAAAAAAACACUAAGAACAGUUGAGUUUUUUUUUUUUUAAAAAUUCCAUUAACGUUACAGAGUAUGAAUAUCAAACUGUAAAGAUGUUUUUAUUGAUUUUUCAAACCUUUGAGUGAAUAGGAAACAAUGAUCAAUGAAAUUGUGCGGUCAUGUUGGCUCCUGAUGAGUAAUGUCACUGUCAGGCAGAUUAACCUGUUUUGUUUUUACGUAUGUGGAGCUGAUCAUUUGUUCAAAGGGAAACUUGUGCUAAACAACUAAACCUCCAAACGAUGGCCUCAGAACAUGAAUUGUGAACAUUUCACUUUUACUCUUACAAAGAGUUCAGAUGGCCUACAUGUAAGAAUGAGCAUUAAUGUGUUAUUAUAGGUGAGAACCUAGUGUAGUGAUCAAAUAUAUGUAAGAUGUGUGCAAAUCUUACACCUUAUGAUGAACUUGAUGUCAUGACAAGAGUCACACUUAAAGCACCUGCUGCCUUAUGUACAUGAUUAAUAAUACUUAUUAAAUACUUUUCCUUCACUUA